CGCAGCCAUGGCAUUCAACGGCACCUGGAAGGUCGACAGAAACGAGAACUAUGACAAGUUUAUGGAGCAGCUUGGAGUCAAUGUCAUGAAAAGAAAGCUGGGAGCUCACGACAACCUGAAAAUCACCAUUGAUCAAGAUGGAGACAAAUUUACUAUUAAGGAGUCAAGCAAUUUCCGCACAAAGGACAUUGAGUUCACCCUUGGGGUGGCCUUUGACUACACAAUGGCUGACGGCACUGAACUCCAUGGCACAUGGACCUUAGAAGGAAACAAAUUAGUUGGAAAGUUCAACAGAAAAGACAACGGAAAGGAGCUGCUCACCACCAGGGAGAUUGUGGCAGAUGAGAUGGUGCAGAGCUACCAUUAUGAUGGAGUGGACGCCAAAAGGAUUUUUAAGAAGGCUUAAGGACUUUGGUUUCACAGACCUGCUCUAUGUGACGAUCCACUGCUGUCACAGAAUGGAAACUAUAAGCCACCAGCCCAAUAUUGACUCAUGAAUGUCUUACAACUGUAAAAAUUGUAUACAGAUCCUUACACACAUGUUUUGUACAAUUGUGUGCUUUUUUUAUAUAACGAAUUUUAUACACUUGACUGAGCAACAUGUCUGAAUGGAGCGAACAAUAAAAUCUGACUCGAAACACGCCGUACUGCCC